AUGAAAGGAUCGCAGCGGCUGCCACCACCGCUGGACAACUGCAGCCAGGGCAUUAGUGAAGCCACCCACGUCGACCUGCCCGGGGCGCUUUCGUCGCCGCCGGCCUGCGGGGAGCUGGCGAUUGUCCCGUCGCAGUGGGAGCUGCGGGUGGCGCAGCACAGCGUCGCGCCGUACAUCGUCCCGCCGCAGCAGCACUCCCCGUACGGGGCACUGGCCACGUCGAAUGUAUGCCCGACGUGCUACCGCCCACUGGGCACGAAUGAAAUGGGUGAUGUGCCGUCACCCCCCAGCGAGCAGCACUUCACUCCGCAGUACUUCCGCGCCUUGGUGCAAACGCAGACGCCACGUCUGACUAUUUGUGAUAGCCCCUCUUCGCAGCCUCGAGAGAUGACGUUGCCGCCGACAGAGUCACCUCUUCCGGCGCAGCAGCACUCUAGGCCCUGCAACAACGAAGAAGAAGAGGAGGUAGGUGCGGAGGGGAAUGGGGCUGGUGCGUCCGGCAAUGGGAUGGCCACCCACGGGGGCCGUGCGGCGAGCGAUGACGGCAGCGGCGGGUACUACAAGCGCUACUUCCGAGAGAUACAGAAACUUGGCAACGGCACCUUUGGCGGUGUGUAUCUCUGCCAGCACGUUAUGGAGGGUGCGCCGCUUGGGUUCUUUGCACUCAAGAAAAUACCCGUCGGUGACAACACGGAGUAUCUGCACAAAGUCCUGCACGAGGUGCGCAUCCUCGAGGAGGUGAAGCGACACCCCAACGUCGUGGAGUACAACCACAGCUGGGUGGAUAUAGCUCAGAUCGCCGACUUUGGGCCACCGGUGCGGUGCCUAUUUAUACUGAUGGAGUACGCGACACUGGGAUCGCUCGACUCUUAUCUUGAGCAGCACGGCACGGCGCUGCCAACAAUUGCGGUCUGGUACUUCUUCCUCAGCGCCCUGGCGGGGGUUUCCCACCUGCACCAGAAGAAUAUCCUGCACCGCGACCUCAAGCCGCAGAAUCUGCUGCUCACAGGACGGCGCGAAAAGCCGCCGCGUGUGCUCGUGAGUGACUUCGGCACCGCCACACUCCUUGGUGAGUUAUCCUACGAGCGUACUGGCGGUACAGGGACGAUGGAAUACAUGGCACCAGAGCUUUUUGAGUGUGCACCGGGGCAUGACAGUGAGUACAUCCACACACACACCAAAGCGACAGAUGUGUGGUCUCUUGGUAUGAUUCUGCACUACCUCGCCUGUGACAGGACUCUGCCUGACCACCUGCCGAAUGGCGAGGUGCUCCUCGAUGUACAAAAACAUGCGCCGCGCACCCGUCCACCGGAGAUGGUGCAGCUCAUUCGCGCUAUGCUGCACCGAAGCCCAGCAAAGCGUCCGACCUGCAAGGAGUUAUUGAAGUCUACGGUGGUGCGAACAAUCCUGCAGAGCUUUGAAAAGGCGAACCUCUCCUCGGAUAUCCUUCCGACAGCCGCGGCGGAAGAGGCAGCAGACUCCACGGAUCAGUAUAGCAUGGAAGACACACGCACAUUUCGCGUGGAUUGGGUGCGGCACACCACACCCACUACGCGGUCGCGGAGGGGAAGUCCGACUCGCAACGAGGAGGAAACGGAGUGUCCACAAUCGCCCGUGGUGGAGGUGCCGCUGAUGCUGCAAUACAAGACGAAGGAGUCAAAGCGUCUCACGUCUGCUGGACUCCGUGGAACCCUGCGGGGACGGCGACCAAACACAGUGGACCGGGGUGUGCAGACUGACUACGUCAAAAUUGUGGACGAGUGA